AGUGUGGAUGGAUUGCUUGUGUACUUUCCGUACGAGUACAUCUACCCGGAACAGUACGCCUAUAUGCUCGAACUGAAGCGCACAUUCGAUGCGAAGGGUCACUGCCUGCUGGAAAUGCCCUCGGGAACGGGCAAAACGACCACACUGCUAUCGCUGAUCGUUGCGUAUAUUAUGGAGUAUCCGCAUGUCGUCCGCAAGUUGAUCUACUGUUCGCGUACCGUGCCCGAGAUCGAGAAGGUAAUCGCUGAGCUGAAGCAUUUGAUGAACUACUACGAGAAGCAAACGGGCGUGAUGCCAAACAUUACCGGGCUGGUGCUCAGCUCGCGCAAAAACAUGUGCAUCCAUCCGGAGGUGAGCCGUGAGCGGGAGGGCAAAAUUGUGGAUGCACGAUGCUAUGGCAUGACGGCCAGUUACGUGCGUGAACGGGCGGCACACGAUGAGUCGGCACCGGCAUGCCAGUAUUACGAAGGGUUCCAAGCGGAGGGUAAAGAAAGUCUUCUGCCACCCGGAGUGUAUUCGAUCGAUGAUUUGAAAGAGUUUGGACGGGAGCGGAACUGGUGUCCGUACUUUUUGUCCCGGUUUGCCAUCAAUCAGGCGCACGUGGUGGUGUACAGUUACUACUAUCUGCUCGACCCAAAGGUGGCCGAGGUAGUAUCGAAGGAACUGGCACGGGAGUCGGUCGUUGUUUGUGAUGAGGCGCAUAAUAUCGACAAUGUGUGUGUGGAUUCGAUGAGCGUGAAAAUCAAUCGACGGCUGAUCGAACGCAGCACCACCGGUAUUCACAAUCUGGAGAAGAAAGUGUCCGAAUUAAAGGAGGAUGAUAAACGGCGGUUAAAUGAAGAGUACGUCCGCCUGGUGCAAGGCUUAAAAGAUUCUACGUACUCCCGCGAAACAGACAUGGUUCUAGCGAAUCCCGUCUUGCCGAAUGAAAUCCUGCGCGAAGUGGUUCCCGGCAACAUUCGCAAUGCGGACCAUUUUCUAAGCUUUCUCAAACGGUUCAUCGAGUACAUUAAAUCGCGGUUGCGCGUACAGCACGUGGUACAGGAAAGUCCGGCUGGAUUUUUGCGCGAUGUGCAGACGAAAGUUUGCAUCGAACGGAAACCGCUCAGGUUUUGUGCCGAUCGGUUGCAAUCAUUGUUGCGCACGCUUGAAAUUACGGACCUGAGCGAGUAUGGGCCACUGUCGGUGAUCACCUCGUUCGCGACGCUCGUGUCGACGUACACGAAGGGAUUCACGAUCAUCAUCGAACCGUUCGAUGAUAAGACGCCCACCGUUUCCAAUCCCAUCAUGCACUUCAGCUGUCUCGAUUCUUCGAUCGCCAUGAAACCGAUCUUUCAGCGUUUCCAGAGCGUCGUUAUCACGUCCGGCACACUGUCACCGAUGGAUAUGUACCCGAAGAUACUAGAUUUCGAGCCAGUUGUAAUGAGCUCGUUCACGAUGACACUCGCCCGCCCGUGUUUGCUGCCGAUGAUUGUGGCUCGUGGUAACGAUCAGGUUGCUAUUUCGUCACGAUUCGAAACACGCGAAGAUACAGCCGUCACGCGCAAUUACGGUCAGCUUUUGGUGGAAACGGCCAAAACCGUACCGGAUGGUGUUGUGUGUUUCUUUACCUCCUACCUGUAUCUGGAAUCGGUGGUCGCGUCGUGGUACGAUCAGGGUAUAAUCGAUACACUGCUACGCUACAAACUCCUUUUCAUCGAAACGCAGGACAACGCCGAAACGUCCUACGCACUGAUGAACUACGUGAAGGCGUGCGAAUGUGGUCGCGGUGCCGUACUGUUGGCCGUUGCACGUGGUAAAGUGUCGGAGGGGGUCGAUUUCGAUCAUCAUCUCGGUCGGGCCGUGCUGAUGUUUGGCAUUCCGUACGUGUACACGCAGUCGCGCAUUUUGAAGGCCCGGUUGGACUAUCUGCGCGAUCAGUUCCAGAUACGGGAGAACGAUUUCCUUACCUUCGACGCACUCCGACACGCGGCACAGUGUGUUGGUCGUGCUAUUCGUGGUAAAACCGACUACGGUAUUAUGAUCUUUGCGGACAAGCGCUUCUCGCGACAGGACAAGCGUGGCAAGCUGCCCAAAUGGAUCCAGGAGCAUCUGACCGAUAAUCUGAGCAAUCUUAGCACGGAAGAAGCAAUGCAGCUUGCCAAACGCUGGCUCAGACAGAUGGCACAACCAUUCACGCGAGAAGAUCAACUGGGCGUUUCGCUGCUAACGCUGGAACAGCUGCAGAGCAUUGAGCGGGAAAAGCUUGAAAAGCAAGCCCAAGGCAAAUAA